GCACAAAUUUUCAACGCACGGCAAUCUAAAACCCGAUCUUCGUUCUAUCCGCCUGUCUCACUGUUAGUGGCUCUUCAGUUCACUUCUCGAUCCAAUAGUUUCUUAAUUUGGCUCAGACUCUCAGUCAAGUAAAGAGAUGAUAUUCUUGAUUCAAGUCCUUUUUACCAUUUCAGAUCUCUGAAGAAGUGUAAAAGCCACUAUUGGACUUUCCAUUGGCUUGAGAGAGUGGAGACUGAACAAGAAAUUAAUCGGUGGAAGAGUGAUAGCUAGAAUGGCAGAUUACAAAGGGAAGGUGAUCACCACAGAUGAUGUUUCAGGGGAUAUGAUUUUUCAACCUAUCUUGGAGGAUGGGGUUUUCCGAUUUGAUUGUUCUGUGGAUGAUAGAGAUGCAGCAUAUCCCAGUCUUUCUUUUGUAAAUAACAAGGAUAGGGACAUGCCAAUCAUGACUCAUAAGGCCCCUUUAUAUGCCCCAACCUAUAAAUCUCAUAUGGGCCAGCAGAUUGUGCAACUUGAGCUCCCUGUUGGUACCUCGUUUUAUGGAACUGGGGAAGUCAGUGGGCAGCUAGAACGGACGGGAAAAAGAAUUUUUACGUGGAAUACAAAUGCAUAUGGUUAUGGUCCUGGAACUACAUCCUUGUACCAGUCACAUCCCUGGGUGCUUGCUGUCCUUCCAAAUGGAGAGGCAUUGGGGGUUCUUGCUGACACAACAAGGUGUUGUGAGAUUGAUCUGAGAAAAGAAUCAACUAUACAGUUCAUUGCUCCAUCCCCAUAUCCCGUGAUUACAUUUGGUCCUUUUACUUCUCCCUCUGCUGUUUUGGUUUCCCUGUCUCAUGCAACUGGAACCAUAUUUAUGCCCCCAAAAUGGUCCUUAGGCUAUCACCAGUGCCGUUGGAGUUAUGAUUCUGAUCAGAGAGUUCUUGAGGUUAGCAAAAUAUUUCGCAAGAAGGGUAUACCAUGUGAUGUCAUAUGGAUGGAUAUUGACUAUAUGGAUGGUUUUCGUUGUUUUACUUUCAACAAGGAGCAUUUCUCGGAUCCAAAAUCUUUGGUAAAGGAUCUGCACCAUAUUGGCUUCAAAGCAAUCUGGAUGCUUGAUCCUGGAAUCAAGCAUGAAGAUGGUUAUUUUGUGUAUGAUAGUGGAACAAAAAAUGAUGUCUGGAUUAAAACGUCAGACGGAACACCUUUUGUUGGGGAGGUAUGGCCUGGUCCUUGUGUCUUUCCUGACUUUACACAAUCAAAAACUCGUUCUUGGUGGGCAAGUCUGGUUAAGGAUUUUGUUUCUUGUGGAGUUGAUGGUAUAUGGAAUGAUAUGAAUGAGCCAGCUGUUUUCAAGUCAGUAACUAAGACAAUGCCUGAGAGCAACAUUCACGAUGGAGAUAAAGAACUUGGAGGUUGCCAGAAUCAUUCUCACUACCACAAUGUGUAUGGCAUGUUAAUGGCAAGAUCUACACAUGAAGGCAUGAAAUUAGCUGAUAAAAAUAAGCGUCCUUUUGUUCUGACCAGAGCUGGAUUUGUCGGUAGCCAUAGAUAUGCUGCAACAUGGACAGGAGAUAAUCUUUCAACUUGGGAGCACCUUCAUAUGUCUAUUUCUAUGGUACUUCAAUUGGGAAUGAGUGGUCAACCACUUUCAGGACCUGAUAUUGGUGGUUUUGCUGGAAACGCAACGCCCAAACUUUUUGGACGGUGGAUGGGUAUAGGUGCCAUGUUUCCUUUCUGUCGUGGGCACUCUAGAGCAGGCACAACUGACCAUGAACCCUGGUCUUUUGGUGAGGAGUGUGAAGAAGUUUGUCGCCUAGCCAUAAAGAGGCGCUACCGCCUUUUACCACACAUAUACACUCUCUUUUAUAUCGCUCAUACAACAGGCAUUCCAGUGGCAACUCCUACCUUUUUUGCUGAUCCAAAAGAUCCCAGCUUGAGAACGCUGGAAAAUUCAUUUUUGUUGGGUUCACUUUUAGUUUGUGCAAGCUCUAUGCCCGAUCAGAGGUUGGAUAAGUUGCAAUGUACAUUGCCGAAUGGAAUUUGGCAAAGUUUUGAUUUUGAUGAUUCACAUCCGGAUUUACCAGCUUUAUUUUUGCAAGGUGGAUCUAUCAUACCUGUAGGUCCUCCUUAUCAGCAUGUUGGUGAAUCUGAUCCAUCAGAUGACUUGACACUUCUUGUGGCUUUAGAUGAAAAUGGAAAAGCAAAAGGUAUUCUAUUUGAAGAUGAUGGUGAUGGAUAUGGAUUCACUGAAGGUCAAUAUCUAUUGACACACUAUUUGGCUGAGCUUCAAGAAUCAAUGGUUACUGUUAGAAUUUCUGCAACUGAAGGAUCUUGGAAGAGGCCACAACGACGUCUGAAUGUCAAGUUAUUGCUUGGUGAAGGUGCAAUGAUCAAUACAUGUGGGAUGGAUGGAAAGGCUUUGCAAAUUAGACUGCCUUCAGAAAAUGAAAUUUCUGAUCUAGUGUCUACUAGUAAAGAGCAGUACAAGACACGAUUGAGUAAAUAUUGCUUAGCCAUUGUUGUCUGGAAAUGCAAAGCCAAUUCCAGAUGCGUAAAGGGUUUUCGAGCACAUGGGAAUGUGUUGCAGAGUAAACUGAAUGUAGGCGUGCAGAAGUUCGUUGGCAGUGGUGUUUUGGCUACGAAAAAAAGUGAAAAAGGUAACUCUAGAGGAGCAUCAGAAAUGCGAUCAUCUUGGGAGAAGGUGACGCGUCUAGAUUUUUCGCAUUUCGACGGCGAUCAUUUUGACAGCUGGAUUACCAAAGUUGAAUAUUACUUCGACGUGGAUGGUACUUCGAAUGAGGAUCGAGUAAAGGUAGCAGCAUUACAUUUGGAGGAAUGCGCCAUUCAGUGGCACCAAGGAUUUAUGAAAUCUAGAACUGAUAUGGUGAUAAAUUGGGAGGAGUAUGCAACUGCUAUGCGUGCUAGGUUCGGAAACUAUUUCUAUGAUGAUCCAUUGGCUGAUCUAAGGAAUUUAAGGCAGGUUGAAUCCUUACAGCAAUAUUUGAAUGAAUUGGACGAGCUUUAUCCUAGAGUUGGAAUCAAAGAAGAUCAGGCACUGAGUUUCUUCUUGUCUGGUCUAGUGGAUACUCUACAAAUGCCAGUAAGAAUGUUCCGACCAAAGACAUUGUCAGAAGCUUAUGCGUUAGCCAAGCUACAGGAGAUAAUGGUGGUAGCCAUUAAGGAUCAACCGAAACCAGUGAAUCGCACGCCUUAUGUACCCUCCGCACCUAAGGCUUCUUCCUAUCACUACAGCGUUACUACAUAUCCGCAGAAACCGUUCACUAAUGUUGGAUUGCUACCUGCACCUAAUCCACCUCGGACAAUUAAUUCAACUAAUUCUAUUGUUAAUAAUAAGGCUGGUCCUAAUAGAAAUUUCGACGAGAAAAGAGCUAAGGGUAUCUAUUUUUGGUGUGAUGAAAAAUACACUCCCAAAUAUAAAUGCAAACGGAAACAGACUUUCAUGUUGCAACUGAAUGACCUUGUGGAAAAGGAUUCUAAUGAAUUGGAUGAACUAGAGGUUGUGGCUGAAGAGCAAGGUCUAAUGCAACUCUCACUACAGGCGUUGCAAGGAAUCGGUGGCUCGAGAACCAUUACACAUAAUUUUGUGAAUGGGCAGUUGGCAUGUAAGGUAGGAUGUACUUUGAGUAAGGUGAAUGGAGUAAGAGUAGUGGUUGCUAAUGGAGAAGAGUUGAGAUGUGCUGCUUUGUGUGAAGGAUUGGAAUUAAAAAUUCAAGACCAGUGCCAGCAAGGUCUUUGUCUUCCUCAUUCAAUCCUUGAUCGGAAGCUUGUUCGUCGGGGUGAUGUGGCUGCAGCUAAGCUUUUAAUUCAGUGGCAAGGAGAACCGAAAGAGAUUGCUAUAUGGGAAUUUGCUGAUGAUCUUCGCCAGUGUUUUCCAGGCUUCCUUGAGGACUCGGAAGCUAAGGAGAGGGGCACUGUUGCAAAGAGGGAUCUUGUGCAUGAUGAUGUUGGAGAGGAGAAAUCACUUCUAUUAGGACUUGAUAUCGGUGGUGGGCUGGUUCUUGAGCGGAAGAUAACCAUGCCUAAAAAUAAUCCGACGGUCUUUCAAAUUGAUUCUAGCAUUAGAGCUCUCAAAGUAGGUGCCGGAUCUGGUGGAUUUUCAAGGCUGAUAUGCAUAAGAGUCCACCCAACGUUCAACCUUAUGCAUCCCACAGAAUCUUUUGUCUCAUUUACCUCCGUCAAUGGGUCUAAGCAUGAAGUGUGGCCAGAAUCUGCGGACCAGUUUUUUGAAGGAGACCUUCUGCCCAACGGCAAAUGGACUUUAGUGGAUGGGCGUGUCGGUUUGGGGCUUGUGAAUCGAUUUAACGCCGAGGAAGUUUACAAGUGUUACAUCCACUGGGGACCAGCCAGAGUCAAUUUGGAACUGUGGUCUGAAGAGAGGCCGGUCUCCAAGCAAUCACCUCUCAGAAUUUGCCAUGAGUAUGAGGUGAUAAAUAUCGUUUAGCAACUCGGUGAUUUUCUAUGCAUAACAUUCGAACAACUUUCUUUAUUUGCAAGAGAAUGUAAUGUCAGUAAACCCUAUAAAUAAAUGGAAUGAAAACCUCUCUGAUCUGAAAUUCAAUACAACAGUAUUGAUUAAUUUAAUAA